AUGGCGACCACCUCUGUUCCAGCCCCUGGUGUCCAGGAUUACGACCUAAUGCAGCCUGGAAUGUCUCGAUUGAACUUAAAUAGUUUAAAUCCAAGUGGAAUCAAUUUGGCUCGAGAAUAUGAGCAGUUGAAGGUCGAAUAUGAUACAAUUAUGGAAAAACUAAACCAAACAAUGAAUAGUAUCAAGACGUUUUGGAGUCCCGAGCUUAAAAGAGAGCGUCAGAUGCGUCGUGACGAAGCUAAUCGGAUUGCUCAUUUGGAGAGAAUGGUACAGUCGGGAGGGAUCGGUGGUAAUGAAUAUGGAUUAGGAUCCACAAACGAAGCUCUCCAACUCCGUAUGGAGCUACGCGAACGCGACGAACGAAUCCGUCAACUCACCACCGCCCUAGAAUCUGGUAGCAGUCAUGGAGCAAUGGAUGGAAGAGUCAGAGAACUGGAAGACACUAUAAUGAGACUUCAAGACCUUCUAACAACAAAAGAGGCUCAAUCAAUGAUGGCAUCACAAGAUCCAUCAGGACGGCAAGCUAUAGAGAACGCAUUACGACGAAUUGAUGAAAAGCAGGCGAGAAUCGUGGAGUUGGAAGAUGAGCUAAUGAGACAGCGAAUGGGAAGAAGUAAUCAGCCGAGAGAUUUCACUGAUAAGAAUUUAAGUGGACAUGAGAUGAGCACAAUGAGGAUGAAAAUGGAUCGAAGUGAAGUUGAGCUGGCUGAGAAGAAGCAAGAGCUCAUGGGAUGCCAGAGUAGGAUGCAGACUGCUGAACAGACGGCUAACGAGAUGAAGAGUCACCUUCAAGUGCUCAAAGAUCAAUUGACGAAUCGAGAACAACAUAAUACUUUGUUACAAGGCGAUGUUGAUGCAUUACGACAGAAAUUGGACUCGAAGAAUAAGCAAUUAGAGCAGAAAGAUGAGAGAAUAGCGGUGCUGGAAAGAGAUCUGUCGAGUGCCAAGGCCGAUGUAUCGGAUAAAACGGAAUUGAUCAGGCAGACCGAGAUUAAGGCGGGGAUUAGUGGGAUUCCGAACGGAUAUCUCUGUCCGGCAACUCCUCUCGGUGAUUCUCAAUGGUCCCUCUCAACUGUGUCAUCUCGUUUUGAUACGUCUUCUGUUGCUCCAAAUGCUCUUUCUCAGAAUUCCUUCUUAGCUGAUCGAUAUGCUCUUGUAGCCUUAUACGUUCUCUCUCCCCUUGCUCAAUUCUCUCGGUCAUUUCUUUCUCCUUUUGAACGUCUGGAUGAGAUAGAAGGCGGAUUUUCGCGCGGUCCAGGUCUUGUUCCUUCUCGCGGACCGUGUUUUCAAGACUGUCGAUUCGUCCGAUUAGUUGGGAGGUCUGCAAAAAAAUCGGUUAUUAAGAUCUGGUUUGUUUUUAAAGCGUCUAAACUUAUCUUGAAAUUUUGA